AUGGCUGGCCACGGCAACGUGCUCACCCACCUCCGGGGAGUCGCCAUCUUGGCGCCCUGGGUGCUCUGGCUGCUGCUGGCCGAUACGGCCAUCUCCCUCCAGCUGCCUCUGAAGUGGUUCGCUCCGGACUUCGUGUACAACUCGUCCUCGAGGAUCGCCGAGACGGUGUGGUACUGGAUCCAGAUCAUUUUUGAGCGGUUAAACGGCGCGAACCUCACCUUUUCCGGCGACGCGAUCCCCCGCGGUGAGUCGGCGGUCGUGGUCGCCAACCAUGUCGGAUGGGCCGACUUCUACAUGAUCCAGGCUCUGGCCAUCAAGGCCGGGAUGCUGGGUCGCUGUCGCUACUUCGCCAAGAUCCAAUUACGGAUAGUCCCAUUCCUUGGCUGGGGUUUGUGGGCGAUGGGGAUGCCCAUGGUGAGCCGCAACUGGGCAAAGGACAGGCACGAGCUCGACAGGGUGUUUGCCGGCAUCAUGAACAGGCAGUGGCCGACCUGGCUUAUCAGCUUCAGCGAGGCCACUCGCUUCACCAAGAAGAAGUACGAGCAGUCGCUCGUGUGGUGUAAGGAGUCGGGCCGGCCGCAGCCCAAGCACUUGCUGUAUCCCCGGACGAAGGGGUUCAUCACCACGGUGCAGCAUCUGAGGAAGGCCCCGCAUGUCAAGGCCGUGUACGACGUUACGAUUGCGUACCAGAGGGGAGCGAGUUCCUGGCGGCGCCGAGAUGAUGAAAAGCUGGCAAAGUGGCUCGAGAACCUGUGGGUUGAGAAGGGAGAAUGGCUGGACCUCAAGAAGGCGGAAUGGGCGUCUAUAGCAUGA